AUGGAACUUUCCCUAAUUUAUUCCGCAUUUAUUCUACUUAUACUACUGACUACAGCUGAUCCUACUGAAUUUGAUAAUCAAUGUCCAACAUCUCGUCGUUUGUUAUUAUUUGGUGGAUCAAAUUUACCAACUGGAGAGAAGAAAACUCAUCGUAUUUCUUCAUCUUCAAAAACAUCAUUACCAUCAUCUCCACCAAAAUAUGCACGAUCCGGUGAUUCUCGUGGUUUAAUUGUCUUUAUUCGACCACAAUCACCACUUGAACGUGGUCACAAAGGUCGUUCAUAUAGUCAUUUACUUAAAACAAAAUUAUAUCCAGAUAAAGUCAAAAUAAAAAUAAAACGUUCUGACAAACCAAAGAUAAAACAACAACAAUUGCAAAAGAAAGAUUCUACUCAACAGAAAUCAUCAAUUGCUACUAAAACACAAGAUUUAGUAGCUAUUCAUGAUCAAGAACUUAGCCGAUGUAGAGCAUUACUUCAUAUUGAUUCAACAGAACAAAUUCAAGAUAAGAAAGUAAAGAAAGUUAAGAGAGAUAAACCAACUAAACAAGCAAUAUCAACCAAGCUUAAAAACAUUACCAGUCAAGCAGUUAAAAAUGUCAAGAAGAAAAUUGUCACUCCAAAAGCAACAAUAUCUAUUAAUAAUAAAAAAGUCAAAGCUCCAAAAACAACAAAAGAAACUAAUUCCGAUAAGAAGAAAGUAAUUAAUAAUAUAUCAAAUAAUAAAAUAAAUCAUGAUGAGCCAUCCAAUUUACCUGUUAAUGACAUACCAAUUAAAACUUCUUCGCAAUCAUCAACAAAUACAAAAUUAAAACGAGAUAAACAACAAACCAUUCCUAUAGUUGAAGUAAUAUCUGAAACAUUUGAUACAAAUGAAGAUGAAAUUCAAAAAAAAAAUAAUUCAGUUGUUAACCGUGCUUUCAAUUUUGUUAAAAAUAUGUUUCAGUUAUCGGACGAUUUGCUCGAAAACAAUCAUCUACCAGAAAAUCGUAUAAUUGACAUAACAAACGGACCCCAACAACAACAACAACAACAACAACAACACCAUCAUCAUUCACGUAAAUUACUUACCAUCGAUGAAUAUGAUAAUGAUAAUGAAACACCAAUAAUACUUUGUAAUAAUACAGACUUUAACCUUAAUCUCAAUGAUGAAAAUUUGAUCGAAAAAGAAGGUGAUGAUGAUGAUAAUUUAUCAUUUCUUGUCGCAAGUAUAUCAAAACGUCAGUUACUGUCAGUCAAAACAGGUAAAAAUACAGCAGCAUCAAAAACAAGUAAUACGAAAGAAAAAAAAUCGAAAUCAGCAACAGAUAUUGAUGUCAAUAAACGUAAAGUUGGUUGGAAUUAUCGUUAUCGAAUUUCACGAUAUCUUGAUAGUGAAAAAUCAAAAAAUACUGGUAAUAAAAAUAGAGCCAAUGGAGCACGUAAAACAAAAAGUAUAAAACAAGAUGAUCAACAAGUAAAUUUAAAAUCAAAUAAUAAAAAAGCCAACUCGUUAAAUGAAGCCAAAAUUUCAAAAAGAAAACUUCUUUCAUGUGGCAUUGAUAAUGAUGAACACUGCGAAACAGAUGACAUAUCUAAUCCGGAUAUUGUCAAUACCGUAACAAUUAUUGAGAACUUCGUACCUAAACGUAGUUUAUUAUCAUCGAAAACAAAACAUAAAGUCGAAGAAGAUCAUUCAGAUGAUGAUGAAAAUGAUCAUCAUCAUCAUCAUCAUCAUCAUCAUCAUCAUCAUCAUAAAGCAAAUACACGUCGUGAAAAGAAAUCGUUUGAUGAAUUAACUGAUCCUGUUGCUAUCGUAGAUUCAUAUGAACGUGGUUUAUUUAAACCUCGUGUCGGUUAUCAAUUUCGUUAUCGUGUUUCUAAUUAUAUUAAUUCAUUACGUGAAAAUAUUCGUGAAGAUCAAGAACGUUUAAAAUUAGGUUUACAAGCUAUUAAACGUAAAACACCACAAGAAUUAAAUGGUAGAAGUAAACGUGUUUUAGAUAAACCAAGCGUAUCUGAUUCCGAAGAAUUAAAAAAACAAGAAGAAACAUUAGCUAAACAACAAGUAGACAAUACACCGAAGGCUGGUUGGGCUUAUCGAUAUCGUAUAAGUAGAAUGAAUGAAGCUAAGCUUCGUGGAGAAUAUAUUGAUCCUGUAGAGAAAAAACAUAAAGUAUUACCACAUGAUGAAAAAACGAAACAUACAGAUCAUAAAAAAUCUCGACAUCAUGAUACUAAGGGUACCGAAAGAGAAAAUGGUCUUGAUCCUGAAUUAAGUCAAAUAAGCGAGGAAGGUCGACGUGUUGGCUGGGCAUUUCGAUAUCGUGUUCGUCAAAAACUUGACUUUUUAAAAAAACAAUAUGCAGAAACUGGAGUACCAUUUAAUAUAACCACAUUAGGUGGUAAACGUCUGAAAAAAUCCGAUGAUUCCAAGACGAAAUCAACAGAAAAGAAGACAGUUGAAGUUGUUGAGGAAAAAACUGAUGAUAACAAAGAAUCAGCUGGUUGGGAAUAUCGUUAUCGUCUUUCAAACAUGCAUGAAGCACAAAAAAGUGAUAAGAAAAAACCAUCCAAAAGUGAAAAACCAGAAAAAGUAUCAGUUGAUGAACAACUUGAUCCUGUAUUAGCAAAACUCACGCCAGAACAACGAUCAGUUGGAUGGCAAUAUCGACGUAAACUUGAUGAAGUAAAAGCAACUGGUAGUGAUCAAAAUCAAAAUGGUAAACGUAAGAAAAAAUCAGCACCAAAACGAAAAGGUAAUAAAAAACUAACCAAAAAAAAAACUGACAAUAUUGACAAAACACCAUUUAUGGAUUAUUUUCGUCGUGGUUCGUCCUAUAUCUUAUCUGAUCUCGUGCCAACAACAAAAAAAUCGAUUUGUCUUCUACCAUUACCUAUCUCUUUUUCUUUUUGUACAGAAGAAGCUAAAAAUCAAAUAUCAUCAUCAUCAUCAAGUAAAAAGAAACUAAAAAAACCUUCAAAGAAAAAACUGAACACAAAAAAAGAACAUCGUGCGAAACAAUUUAUUCAUUAUCGAGUAAAGAAAUUAGGCGCAGAUGAUAAAGCUACGGAACGACGUGUCGAUGAAGCAAUGAAAAGAUUAUAUAAAAGACCAUCGUUACCACCUGUACAAACGCCACCACUACCUCCAAAUUAUGAGAAAAGUGAGUAUAAACGAUCUAAUAAUGAUGAAUUAGGUCAACAUUCGCUUAAGAAAAAAAUUGGAGUUGAUUCCAAACGAACUAAAAAUAAAAAACAAAAUCAAAUUAUUGGUACAGAAGUUAAAGGUAAAAAUAAACAUAUAUCUAUUCCAACUAAUACGACAGUAUCUACUCUUCCAAUCGAAGAUAUUCCUACGACAACUUCUUCUCCACGUCUUCGAUCUAUUUCUGAAGUUAUUAAAGAAGAAGCAGCUACUAUAUUAAACACGCAACGUUCGUCGUCGGCAACACCUGAAGAAAUCAAUGCAGAAAUAGAAGAAGCCAAAGAAGUUACUCGAGAACAUUCAAAACUCAAAGAACCAACACAUACCAAUGAUGCUACAUCUAGAGGAGAAGAAGAUAAUGACGUAAUAUCGAAUAAAAAUGUUAAAAAAUAA